UAUUGCUUAUUUUUGUAAAAGAGAAAAAUGGGAAGAGCCCCUUGUUGCUCUAGACAGGGUCUGCAUACAGGUCCAUGGAGUGCUGAAGAAGAUACUUCGCUAAUUAAUUAUAUUCGGGUUCAUGGUGAAGGCGAUUGGAGGAAUUUGCCUGCAAGAGCUGGAGUACUUAGAUGUGGUAAGAGUUGCAGGUUAAGAUGGGUUAACUAUCUGCGACCAGACAUAAAGAGAGGAAACAUCCCUUCUGAUGAGGAAGACCUUAUUAUCAGGCUUCAUUCUCUUCUUGGCAAUCGUUAGGCUCUCAUCGCAAAAAGAUUACCUGGCCGAACUGAAAAUGAGAUUUAAAACUACUGGAAUUGCCGUCUUAGUAGGAGAGUGGAAACAAGUAGAGUGGUCAAGAAAAUACCAAGCAGCCAGUCCACCGCUGAAAAGAGAAAACUUGAGAAGAAGAACAAGGACGGUGCUGCAAACGAAGACACUUUAAAUACCAAAAUAUAUAUCCCCAAGGCAGUUAGGGUUUCGCCAUACUCUAUUGCAAUUGAGAACGUCGUGGGUUUCGAUACCAUGGAAAGUACUAGAUCAUCAUCACCUUGCCAUGGAGAAGGAAAUAUUAUAAGACCACAUGAUACAGAAG